AUGGACGCCGCAAAUCUCUUCAACGUUAAGGACAAGGUCGUACUUGUUACCGGUGGUGCAAAGGGAAUUGGUCGAAUGAUAUCUGAGGGCUUCGUUACGAAUGGAGCGAAAGUCUAUAUCUCGUCCCGCGAUGCUAAAGCUUGCGAGGAAGCUUGCAAGGAAUUGAAUGCACUUGGCAAAGGGUCCGCACACGCUAUCCCCGCCGACUUCUACAAACUCGAAGAUUGCAAAAACAUGGUUGAAGAAUUACAAAAGCGGGAGACGAAACUACACAUCUUAGUAAAUAAUUCCGGCAGUAACUGGGGGGCACCAUAUGCGGAAUUCCCCGAUGCGGCUUGGACACGCGUAUUGACUCUAAAUCUCACUCGAGUCUUUACACUAACCCAAGCCCUCACUCCCCUCAUGGAAGCCGCAUCUACUCCCUCGGACCCCGCACGCAUCAUCAACAUCGGUUCUGUGGACGGCAUCCGCGUGCCUUCUCUAGAAACAUUCUCGUAUUCGGCAAGUAAAGCCGGCUUGCAUCAAUUGAGCCGAGUGUUGGCGAAUCACUUGGGGAAGAGAAAUAUUACGAGUAAUGUGUUGGCGUGUGGUCCGUUUGAGAGUAAGAUGAUGGCGGCUACGCUGAAGGAUCAUAAGGAGGAAAUUGUGAGUGGGAUUCCGCUGGGGAGAAUUGGCAGUAAGGAGGAUGUGGCGGGGGCUUGUCUGUUUUUGGCUAGUAGAGCGGGGAGUUAUGUUAAUGGGGCGACGAUUGCGUUGGAUGGGGGGAGUUUGGUGGGGAGUAAGUUGUAG